GAGCUCAUUGAAAACCUUGCUGUGAAAUCCGCCAUCAGCGAAGCCUCGUCUGGCGGCAGGUUCGAAUGGUUCCUUAUCGUCAGAUCGCCAUUGGCGUCGCUGCGCACACCACCUAUCCGCGGUCAGCGGGAAAAGAUGCGCGGGGCCAUGAUGUUGCAAUCUGGACCGGGCGCGGCAGUGUGCCACCGGCAGCCGCUCCGAUAGCGCGCUGGUCGAGAGUUGCUUACAGUGCCGCCAGCGGUGCGAAAAGUGUGAUGAGCCUGCUGCAGCUGCCGCCGUGUCGACAGCCGUGGAGCGGGAUCUACGCGCAGCCAGGCUUUGUUUUCUGGUGCAGGGACCCACGCCAGGGUCUGCAGCGGCUUCAUGACGAGAUUGAAGAGUUCUACAGAUACAUGCAGCCAACUCCAGCGGAGCAUCAGAUGCGGUUGGGAGUCAUCCAAAGGAUAAAAGAUGUCAUCCUUGGCCUUUGGCCACAAGCAGAGUGUGGAGAUUUUGGGAGCUUUCGGACAGGCCUGUACCUUCCAACCAGUGACAUCGAUGUGGUUGUCCUUGGCAAGUGGGAAACAUUACCUAUGUGGACACUAGAGAAGGCCUUGCUAAGUCAUGGGAUAGCUGAACCACAGUCUAUUAAGGUCCUUGACAAGGCCUCUGUUCCCAUUGUGAAGCUGACUGACGCAAGAACAACAGUCAAGGUUGACAUCAGCUUCAACAUGAACAAUGGAGUAAAAAGUGCCUGCCUCAUUCAGUCAUUCAAGGAGAAGUUUCCUGCACUUCCGAAGUUGGUGCUGGUGCUGAAGCAGUUUCUGCUGCAACGGGACUUGAAUGAAGUGUUCACUGGUGGUAUCAGCUCCUACUCUCUUAUCCUUAUGACUGUGAGCUUUCUACAGUUGCACCCACGAGGUGGGGAUGCGCCAUCUCCAAAUCUUGGCACAUUGCUGCUGGAGUUUUUUGACUUGUAUGGAAAACACUUCAACUAUUUUGUGACUGGAAUUCGCAUCAAAGAUGGUGGAUAUAUACGGAAAGAAGAAAUGCAGCGUGAUGCAGGGGACUCUUACCGUCCAUCGAUUCUUUGCAUAGAGGACCCUCUCACUCCAGGUAAUGACAUUGGUCGUAGCUCAUAUGGAGCUUUGACAGUGAAGAAAGCAUUUGAGUAUGCUUACAUGGUCCUCAACCAGGCCGUGCACUCUUUCCAUCCUGCUACAAGUGACCCAAAACAAAGCAUACUGGGUAGGAUCAUUCGAGUGACUGACGAGGUCAUCCAGUACCGUCAGUGGAUUCAAGAGAAGUUUCCUGUGGACAGCAAUGAAGAGCUUUCUGCACUUCAGCCUCCCGAUUCCGAGUGCACAAGGCAGGAAGCCAAUAAUAGGUCCCAUGGAAAGAGGACGGUUGGCACCAAUGAGGCCGACAGCAGCUCAACAUCUUCCAGUGGACCAUUUGGUGGUAGUCCUCAGCACAGCUCGGGGUCAAGCGUAGGCAGUGACAGCGUGAGUGGUGGGGCUCAUGCCAGGAUCAAGGGACGUGCACCAACGGUGUGGCUGCUGUGUGGGCCCAGGACUCCGAGACACCCUGCGAAGCUGGCGAGCAGCUGGUUGAUGGUUGCCAGCUGACCACCAGUCGUACCUUCUUCCCUAAGCAGCGCAA